CCAAGAAACACCAUGAACAUUAAGUUGUUUGCAUCUCUAUUUUUUUUAAUCUUCCUCGAGACCUCCAUGGCUGAGAGUGAAGAUGUACGAGUGAAGCUUUGUGGUCGUGAGUUCGUUCGGACGGUGGUCGCAUCGUGCGGGAGUUUUCGAGUCAAACGCAGCAUGCCUGAUUCAGACCUUCACUUCGCAUACCCUUAUAGGAAUCUCCAAAACUGGCUGGACAGAGACCUCGUUGUGCACCAGAGAGGGUCUCCGGCUGUUGAAGAUGAGCAGUGGAGGGAGCAGGACACCCCUGAGAGCGUGAGAGGGCAUCCAGACCCCCGCCAGCACACGAGCCCACCAGCAGAGCCUUUGGAUCACUCCACCACCAUGCAGGAUCUCAGCGUGUCGUCCAGGAGCCGGCGUGAUGCGGGCCCAGCGGGGGUCUGCUGUACUUCUGGAUGCACCAUGAAUGAACUGAUUCAGUACUGCUGAACUCAGAUCAGAUGUAGAGCCCUGAAGAUCUUCUGAAGCUGUGGUACAUUCAAUUAAGCUUAUUAAACAUUGCAUCUACUAUACGUUAGCUGUUCCCUGUUGUCGCACAUGUGUAGUCAUUAUGAUAGCACUUUACAAUAGGAUACUGUUUGUUGACAUAUUUACUCUGUAGCCAACUAAGGAGUUUGUUGAUAUGGACUAACAAUAAAAUACUUCUAAAGCAUUCAUAAGUUAA